AUGGCGGUAUGCGGCUCACUGCUAGCACUCGACGAAGCUGACCCUGACAAGCCGUCGUUCUACUUCACACUGCAGGCGCUGACUAUUCACCCCGGGGCCACCCCAAUCUACUCCGCGCAGAGGAGAUGGUGGCCGCCGAAGAGGCUCGGCGAGAAUGUGGCAUCCCAGCAUGUUCUCUUCCACCACGACGGCGAAACUACGGAGCGAAGUGACGCUGAUAUGAACGAGCUUGAGCACUACAAGGAGUUCUCGGUGUACCACAGUCAUGGAGUCUUCUGGUUGUAUCCUGGAGACGCUUCGGCUGAACAAGUCGGGGACGGUAGAGACGGACAUGGCCGGCUUCCUCCGACCAAUGCAGAUGCGAACAGCGAUGAUGACACCGAAGAAGAUAAUCCUGACUGGGCUAUGCUCAACUUUGAGCUGCUGCCAUCUCGAUCUUCUUACGCCAGUACGAACACACGACAACGCCGCCUACCCUUACGACGCCGACACCAGCUUUGGCCGGAUCAGCUCCUGCCUGAUCCCCACCAGGCCGAAGCCGAGGCAGCUUCAUAUACAUCCAACCCUGAACAUGGCGGGCUGAACGGAGAGCUACCGGUGCUGCUAGGGCUGAUGGCCAUGGCUCUGCCACAACAGCAUAUGUUUGCCAUGCUUCCGGACUGCAUCGCCAACCCUUGGCUGGUACCACAUCUUCCGCGCGGCACAGGGUGGCAAGACAAACGGGGGGUCAUCAUCUCAGUAUACUAUGAUCAGGCAGAAACGAGCGAGGGCGAUCUGAGGAGCUAUGAAGAAGGCCAGGGCGGCAGUAUACUGCCUUAG